GUAAAUUACGUUUUAUAAUUCCAUUUUUUGCAUGUUAAAGUUUAUGUUUAUAUAGAAGAUGCGCAAUCUUAUUUUACCUUUCUGAUAAUAUUUACAAUACAACAUGAAAGUGCUUGGACUUGUACUCUUGUUACUCGGAGUUGUAUUCUGCAAAACUCCUGAUUAUAUAAACCUUUGUAAAAAGGAUGACAGUCUCCCAAAAUGUUUAGUAGAUAAUUAUAACACUGUUUUACAACAUAUAAACGACAAUGGUGAGCCUUUGUAUAAACUACAAAGUCUGCACACAAUUCACCUGGAGAAAAUGCCAAUGUCAGCUGGAGAUUUAAAGAUCACUUUAAUUCAUCCCACAUUCGUCGGGUUGGAUGCUAUUAAAGCGGAUGAAAUCACAAUGAAUGACAAAGAAUUACGUAUGAAAGGAACUCUUGCACGUCUAGAGUACACUGGUGAUUAUGUUAUGGAUGGAAAAAUUUUGAUUUUACCUAUUCAAGGCGAAGGAACAUUUAACAUCACUCACUAUGGUGCUGCGUAUGAUUAUACAAUGCAAUUAAAAACUGAAGAACGUAAAGGCAAGAAAUAUUAUUACGUUAAUAGCAAUUGGAAUGAUUGUAAAUUGAUUCUGACUGUAAAGAAAACUUAUUUCCAUUUUGAUAAUCUAUUCGGUGGUGAUCCACGACUUGGACCAGAAAUGAACACUUUCCUGAACGAAAACAACGCUGACGUGUACGAAGAAGUUAAAAUCGCUAUCAUGGAAGGUUUUGCUUUCUAUCUGCUAAAUCCCUACGUAAAUGGAUACCUGAGGCACAUUCCAAUUGAUAGUUUAUUUCAGAAUUGAAAAUAUUCCAAUUUUGGAGCGUGUAUAAAAAGUUGCCUACGUUAAAACGUCAUUUUUGAUUACAUUUUAAUUCAACAAAAUAUUUACGAUUUACAAGCAGGUACACAGUCUUCUAUCAAUGUCAUGAAUAAGUUAUAGAUAUUCUGUAACAAAUUAGAGGAGUAAUAAUGUUCGUACGUCAAAUAUAUAUCAACUAAUCAA